AUUUGUCUGUUUGUUUUAUAUUUAAAACCGUUUGAUUGAAAUUUUGAACAAAAUAAAAAAGAAUUAGCUAAUAAAAAUACUCAUGAAUCACUGUAUAUUUUUAUGUUCUAUAAAAUUUGUAAUACGGUAAAUGAGAAGGAUUAUAAUUUGAAAUGAAAUUUUAAUGUGAAUUGAAAAGGUUAUAUAUAUAGUUAGAGAAUGAAUCUAUUGUAUUUCUCCCCUCUCACUGUCAACAAAUACAUGAAACAGAAGAGCAUCUGUUAUACUGAAAAUAUGACAAAGAAGUUAAUAGGAAAUUCAAGUGCUCGUUAUCAUAAACUUACAAAAUUGGAUGAUGGGUUUGUUGAUUUACAGUUUCAGAAACCUCAGUCCAAAAUUCCUUGGGGUGGAAUUAUAUUAGCCUUUUUCCUUUUCAUGGCUGGUACUUUACUUAUAACAUUUGCUUCAUUGCUAUUUACUGGUCACAUCAAUGGUAAGCAUACUGAAGGAGCUUGGCCUUUGCUUAUCCUUGGAGCUUUGAUGUUCAUACCUGGGGUUUAUCAUGUGAGAAUAGCAUAUUUUGCCUAUCGAGGAUAUCCAGGCUAUGUGUUUGAUGACAUACCAGAUUUUGACUAAUUCACAGUUGUAUAAUUUCUUUAAAUGUAUAUAUUCUAUGAUUUUUGAGGGAGACCCAUGAGUAAUGUGAUAAUAUAUUUUCAUAAAAGAAUUAUGUAAGUUAAAUUAUUUUGUAAUAUUAUUUUUACCAAUUUAUUAAAUGUAUGCAAAACAUUGCAUUUAAUUCUCUGAUGCUUUUCAAUAAAGUGCGAUUAUAUUUUUCGCAUAAUGUUAACAAAGAUAAUAAACUAGAUUUGUAUUUUAAUGAAGAAAAUAUUAAGAAAGGAGUAAUUAUAUGUUACGAUAGAUAAAUUAAUUCUGUGUGUUUUAUUGUCCUUAAUUUCUUGGUCUGUUCUAACUUUAUUCUUUUGAAGCAAUAAUGUAGUAUCAGGUUAUAUUUGAAAAGUAUGUACUUUAUGACCCAGACAGUAAACAUAUUUUCUAUUGUCAAAAUUUUGGUGUGCAGAUUAUGCAAGUAAAUAUUGUAUCAUGACUUGAAAUAAAAACUACGUACAUAUACUUUUAUUA